CAAAAAUGAACUUUCCACAAUAGGAUUAUUUGGCAAUGCUAAAAGCUAAACCUCCUCUUUAUGCUCCAGUAUAAUAAACAUCAUAAACUCCAAUGAUCUAUCCAAAUUCUUAAUUCAUGUAAGUAAAAACUUCGUAUUUACUCUAUUAUAUACCUAACAAUCUUAUUCCUCUAAAUGCUUAUAUUAUUUUAGGCCUCCCUUCAUAAACUAUUAAUCAUAUUAUGUGAUGAUGCAGCAAUUGUAAUAAAUGCAAUAGAUGCAACAAAUACCUCAAAUGUCUCCUAUGCGAAUGCCUAUGAUACCCUAACCCCCCCAGCCGCAAACUCUACCUUAACCGAUUAUUCAAUUUUAAACGUAGGCACAGAAUCCAGCUUAAUAAAAAAUCGAUCAAGACAUUCCUGUGUCUAUAAAAGGCACUAAGGUUAAACUAAAUCUCAAAAUGAUAAAAAAUCUACCCUUGGAAGAAGACAGUAUACUAGAUUUUGAUGAAAUCAGGAAGUAAAGUGAAGAUCACUCAUAUAUAAAUUUGAAGAGAAAACGUCGACUUCUAGAUCAAUAAGAAGCCCCUUUAAUGUAGACUCGAAGGAGGAGUGAACAAUCAUAAUGUAUGAAUACAAAUUAUGUUUUUUAGAUUUAGAAAUUCGAGAAAUGUUGAAAAUAAAUGAUAAAGACAUGACCAUUAUUCUGGAGGUUUACCCUGAUACUAAAAGUUUACUUUAAGAACUAAAAAAGGGAAACUUAUAGAAGGAAAUUGAAAAGUUGUUACUCAAAUGAAUUUGAUUAUACUUGCG